AUGAAUUCCAAGGUGUCAUGCGUGAACCACGCAGCGCUUGUGAGUGGUUACUACAUGGGAAAGUUACUGCUAAAGGAAGAUUCAUUGCAGAUUCCCUCAAGAGCGUAUACGCGCCAAGCCAUUAAGUUUCCCCCAGCGUAUGUGACAGCAACUGCAGCGCGUCGACAGCGAAAACGGGAGUCUGCAGCUCGAAGGCGAUCCGAACGACAAAAAGAGCUCAUAGCAAAAGGAAAGUAUGUCCCUUUGAAUAAUAUUGUGUACGAUGCACUACAAACUGCGUUCGAAUGCUACGGUGGGUCUCGCUUUCUAUUGCGAGCUUUCCUUCCCAUCUUUGAAGACAGCAAUGUGAGGUCCAACAUUCAUCACACUAAUCUUGAUUCGCUGCCUAAGAUGCCUGAAUCAGAAAUACUCGAUGAUGGCAACCUCCACCAUAAUCAAACUGACUUCACGAAGCUUGCUACUGUCAACGGUACUCAAGUUGUACUGCCAGCCAGAUCAAGUUUCGUCCAGCAAGAUGUACGAAAAAUUCAUCAACUUUAUCUUGAAAAGUACAAGUUGAUUGUCAUGGAUCCCCCGUGGCAAAACAAAAGUGUUUGUCGAGGAAAGUGCUACGAAAUGUUAGAUCACACAGAGCUACUAAAGAUCGACAUUCCUCACAUUGCAGACCUGGAUGAAUGUGUUCUUGCAGUAUGGGUAACGAGCCGGCCGCGAUACAUGACGUUUCUUCGUGAACAAGCGCUUCCUUCGUGGGGAUUCACCUUCCAUGCAUGCUGGUACUGGCUGAAGCUGAGCAAGAGCGGUGAGUUAGUCACUCCUUUAGAUUCAACACAUCGUUUGCCUGUGGAAGUAUUAGUAGUCGCCUACCGCGCAAAAGACGAGAAGUGUGAGCAAAGAGUACGAAAGCGACUUGGUGAGAAAACUCGAAUUGUAUUAAGCAUUCCACUACGCCAUUCUUGGAAGCCGCCACCGGAAACUUUUUUCGACAAUAGCAUUGUUUCUACAACUGAAAAAAAAGUGGAGCUCUUUGCUCGAGAGUUGAGACCGCAUUGGACUAGUGUAGGCAACGAAGUGCUCAAAUUUCAGGCUGUCGAGUUAUUCCAGCCAGCACCGAGUGAAAAUGAAUGA